CCUCAAUCUCCAUCAUGGACCGUGACGCCAACGGAUCAGCGCGACCUCAAGGAGACCAGUCACCUUCUGUUGCUCGUGAAGACACCGCUCUGCAACUGGGCGACUUCGCGAUAGAUGACCCUCGCCCCAUGAAAGUCGUCGUCAUCGGCGCAGGCUACUCUGGUAUCAUCGCUGGUAUACGCUUUCGGCAGUAUAUCCAGAACCUCGACUUGACGAUAUACGAGGCCAACGCGGGGGUGGGUGGGACGUGGUACAGCAACAAAUAUCCUGGUCUUGCGUGCGAUGUCGCCAGUCACGCAUAUCAACCCACAUUCGCACCCAAUCCCGACUGGUCUAAGUUCUACGUCUCCGGGCCCGAGAUUCGCGCCCAUGUCGAGUACAUGGUCGACCACUGGAAGCUUAGACCGUUCAUCAAGCUUCGCCAUCGGCUGGUGCGCGCGGAAUGGGACGAUGAGAAGGGCAAGUGGAUUCUUACUAUCGGCGUCGAGCCGGAGCUGCCGGGCGUCAAGGAGGGGCAGACGGAACACGAAGAGGCGGUGCAGUUUCAAGACACUGCGGACGUGCUCUUCACCGGCUUUGGCCUGCUUAGUCGCUGGUCUUGGCCGGACAUUGAGGGCCUGCAGGCGUUCAAGGGACCCGUAAUUCACAGCGCACAGUGGGAGACGCCUGAAGGUGGGGAUACAUGGGAGGAGAGCGUACGAAACUGGGGAGAAAAGCGCGUCGGCGUCGUCGGUCUGGGCUCGUCUGCGAUACAGAUCGUCACAGCCUUGCAGCCUCGCGUUGGCAAACUCGUCAACCUCGCCCGUGGCAAGACCUGGAUCUCGAAUGCCUUCGGUGCUAGCACAUUACAAGCUUUGGCGGGCACGAAAGAUUGCGGCAAUUACGAAUUCACAGCAGCCGACAAGGAGAGGCUUAGGAAUCCAGAGGAAUACCUGAACUUCAGACGCGAGAUCGAAUCGGCGAUCAGUGUAGCCUGGGUCGCGAAGAUGCGCGGCUCCGAAGCGCAUGUCGCGGGCAUGCGAGAGCUACAGGAAAUUACGAAAAGGAAGCUUGCCAAGAAGCCAUGGAUAGCUGACAGUCUGAUACCCGAGUUCAGCCCUGGGUGUCGUCGACUCACUCCAUGUCCUGGUUAUCUGGAAGCGCUCUGCGAGGAUAACGUCGAUUUCGUAUCGUCUCCGAUCGCACGGGUAAACGAGAAUGGUCUUGUCACCCAGGAUGGCCAACAGAUCGACCUCGACAUCCUCAUUUGCGCCACCGGCUACGACUCGUCGUGUCACCCUGGCAUCCCCAUCAUCGGCAAAAACGGCGUCGACUUGAGGGACAAGUACACGCCGUACCCCAAGACGUACCUCUCGAUGGCUGUCGACGGCUUCCCGAACUGGUUUCAGUCGCUUGGCCCCAACUCUGCUUCUGGAUCGGGGUCGGUCAUGAAUACCAUCGAGGCGCAAGUCAUGUACGCGGUCAAGGCGACGCAGAAACUGCAGCUGGAGCGGCUGAAGAGCAUGGACGCUAAGAAGGAAGCGGUUGACGACUUCGACGCGUAUAUAGAGGCGUUGUUCCCCAAGACGGUCUACAGCGAGCAUUGCAAGUCGUGGUAUAAGAAUCGCAACACGGAUGGCCGCAUCUGGGGCUUAUGGCCAGGGUCGACAUUGCACAUGCUUCGAGCGCUUGAGCGUCCUCGAUGGGAGGACUACACUUAUGAGCCACUGGAGAAGACGACCACUAAUCGCUUUUUCUGGAUGGGUAAUGGGGCGACCGUGUCAGACAUGGACCCUGUCGGUCAUAAGGCCUUUUACCUGGAUAAAAUCGACGUCCCUCCAGUACCCAAGUAGAUGGGCUUGGGAUGCCACAUGCAGAACAGUACUGGUAGCCUCGUCCCCACCUGUCCGGUAGUUCGCCCUUGUAUCGUAUUGAACCCGAUCAACUCGGACAAUGCGCUUCCGAUAAGUAUUGCGCUACAUGAAUGGCAGUCGACCAAGCAGAACAUUCGGCUCUGGGACCUUCUCCACAAACACCACUUGACCAGCUGCGAACACCCUCCAUCGCGAACCCCUGUUCACGCCUGUAGCCAUCGUGACCACGUCCAAAGGGCCUACUUGUACAAGGCCUGGGCCUCCUCCCCGCCCU